UUAGGAGUAUAUAUCCUGGGGAAAUACGGACAGAAAAAAAUUAGAGAAAUACAGGAAAGAGAGGCUGCAGAAUAUAUUGCUCAAGCCCGACGACAGUAUCAUUUUGAAAGUAACCAGAGGACUUGCAAUAUGACAGUACUGUCCAUGCUCCCAACACUAAGAGAGGCAUUAAUGCAGCAGCUUAACUCAGAAAGCCUUACAGCUCUGCUAAAAAACAGGCCUUCAAACAAGAUAGAAAUAUGGGAGGAUCUAAAGAUAAUAAGUUUCACAAGAAGUGUUGUGGCCGUGUACAGCACCUGUAUGCUGGUUGUUCUUUUGAGAGUCCAGUUAAACAUAAUUGGUGGAUAUAUUUACCUGGACAAUGCAGCAGUGGGCAAAAAUGGCUCUACAGCUCUCGCUCCCCCAGACGUCCAGCAGCAGUAUUUAUCAAGUAUCCAACAUCUCCUCGGAGAUGGUCUGACAGAACUGAUCACUGUCAUUAAACAAGCUGUGCAAAAAGUUUUAGGAAGUGUUUCUCUUAAACAUUCUUUAUCCCUUUUGGACUUGGAGCAAAAACUAAAAGAAAUCAGAACUCUUGUUGAACAGCAUAAAUCUUCUUCUUGGAUUAAUAAGGAUGGAUCCAAAUCUCUAUUAUGCCAUUAUAUGAUGCCAGAUGAAGAAACUCCACUUGCAGUCCAGGCCUGUGGGCUUUCUCCGAGAGACAUUACCACUAUUAAACUUCUCAGUGAAACUAGAGACAUGUUGGAAAGCCCAGAUUUUAGCAUGGUUUUGAAUACCUGUUUAAAUAGAGGAUUCAGCAGACUUCUGGACAAUAUGGCUGAAUUCUUUCGACCUACAGAACAGGACCUCCAGUAUGGCAACUCCAUGAAUAGUCUCUCCAGUGUCAGCCUGCCUUUAGCUAAGAUAAUUCCCAUAGUAAAUGGACAGAUCCAUUCCGUUUGCAGUGAAACACCUAGUCAUUUUGUUCAGGACCUGUUGACGAUGGAACAGGUGAGAGACUUCGCUGCUAAUGUGUACGAAGCCUUCAGCACCCCUCAGCAACUGGAGAAGUGAGACUUUUUCCUUCAAGAAAAACUCGUGGGAUCCAUUCAUGCUACAAAAUACAUGGAAUGAAUCAACUAUACCUAGAGCAACAAUUUGUUACCAAAAUGCCUAAUAAAAAUAUAUUCUUAAUCAAAGUCUUCAUUUCAUAAUGAAGUAGAUUUAUUUAGCAUCUUAAUAUAUUUUUAAGUCCAUCAAAAAACCAGUUUUGUGAAUAUAUGUACACACAGUGCAAAUAAUGGAAUUUAUAGUUUGUUACACCAUGGAUAUUUGAUCCAAACUGACUAAAAACAAAUGUAGAUACUUUUAUACAUAUAUACUUAUGAGAUGAAAUGUUGUAUACUUUGACAUUAAUCUUGAGAAAAAAUCUGUUUGGGAAAUAGGUCUAGAAUGUGUGGAGUUUGGGAAAUCUGCUCUUUAAUCAAAGUUACUUGCACUCUGCCUUUCUAACAAAAGUAAAUCAGACUUUUCUCCAGUUAUCCUUUAGAGGAAUAAAUGGCUGUCUCAGAUACACCCAGAGGACUUUCCUUCUUAUGAAAAUCAGUGAACUUUAACAAUUCAAUCAGCUCCUUUUUCCUUUGCUAUUUCUCUGUGGUAUUUUCUAAGGCUUACCUUAGAGAAUUUUAAACUGACCUAUAAGCUAAAAUUGUGUUGACACUGUGCAUGGCUAUUAUUGAUUACAUAGUUUUAUGUAAAUAAUUCUAACAACUUACUUUGUAUUGAUUUUGAGUACAUUGAAUAUCUUAUUGCAAUAAACUAUUUUAAUAAAAUA